ACAAGAACGAGAUUUCAUCAUCCAAAGAGAAGGCCACAGCCAGAGCAAAACGCCGCCGUGUUCCUACGUUUUUUCGUGUUUUGUCCUUCCUUAGAACUGCAAAUACGACGGCGUACCGCCAUUUGGUUCAAGGUAGCAGCUUUGGAGCACCAUACCCAUUUUCAGCAAUAGCAGAGACAGAAGAUUGAGCCAAAGCAAAAGAUGAUGGAAGUAGUAGUAGCCCCUGAAGCUUCCUUCUUCGUCUUCAUCCAUAAGGGUUUAAAUCGAAGAACAGCAGUACCAGAAGCUGCCGUUCGGAAUUUAUCCUUCAAGACACCAUCUUUUUACCAUGGAGUGGGAUGCAAUAGCGCUACUGGAUGCAUAGGAAGGAGAAGAACAUGUAGGAGCUCUCAACCUGUUCAUGCUUUGGUAUCAGAAGAUGUUGGGGUAUCAUCAUCUCGAAUUGGGGAUUUCCGGGUCAUUACUACAAGUACCGACGAUUCGACUGUGAUGAAGGUAAAUGUAGAGGUUUCUGGCACCAAAACGAGAGCCAUUUUCGAUGUUGUUUUCGACAGAAUGGUGGAAGCUGCACAGCCGAUUCCAGGCUUUCGUAGAGUGAAAGGAGGUAACAUUUUUUACGCUUUGGCAACAUCUGUACUUGUAAUUCAUAGUUCCAGUGCUCUGGGUCUACUGGACAAUGCAGUGAUCACGCCUCCAGUCUUUCUCGAGCUAUCUGUUUACUUUUUUUGCUAUUGUUUAUCCAUUGCCUCUAAUGAGUGCUUAAAUUUCCUUGCUUGCAUUUGCUGCUGGGCCAACUACGUUGAUCACUGGGGAACUGCAGGAAAAACACCAAAUAUUCCUAGAGACAUAUUGCUCGAAAUCCUUGGGGCUUCCAGAGUAUAUAAAGAAGUCAUUAAGAAGGUCAUAAACUCCGCCAUGGCAGAGUACGUUGACAAGGAAGGUUUAAAAGUGGGUAAAGAUCUGAGAGUUGAGCAAAGCUUUGAGGAUCUUGAAGAAGCUUUCAGUCCAGGGGAGAAGUUCAGCUUCGAUGCAGUUCUAAGACUUCAGUCUGGGGCCGAUUGAACAGAAAUCUUAUUGGGAAGUGUAUGUGGUUUGUAUGCAUGGAGAACCAUACCCUUUUUGCCAUCUUAAUCUAGAAGCCAGUACUGCUCCGUAUUG